UGUCUUAACCCAUUUAGACCGGAUCGCGCAUAUGUGUGUAUUUCCCUUUAAGACCGGAUCACGCAUCUAUGCGUAGUUCCCUUUAAAGCCGGUAAACGCCUCUGUGUCAUUUUCAGCGAUGCGGUCUUUUUCAAGGCACAUGACCAGUUAUACUCACUGUGAUUGGCUAAUAUAUACCUGGAGUGAGUGAACGAGAUGCUUGGUGAAUUUUUUUUAAAGAAUAGAAUGUUUGGUCGAAAUACACGUGUAGAAUGUUAUGCUCGAGCGGCGGGAAAUUUAAAGCACCAGUGAUUGAUCAUGGCUGACAACUCAAGUGAAGGAAGUGACAUUGAAGAGGGAAUAGAUGCAGAAUAUCAAGUACAAGCAGAUGUGUUAGCAGAUGGAUUAGAGGAAGAUGACUUAGAUAGAUUAGUUUUACCAUCCGAUCGCGUAGUUAGAGAGCAGUGGAUACAAGCGAUGUUUGGGGAGGAAGAGGGGGAUUUGUGCGAGUUUGCCGGCUUCGGGAACGAGUGGAAAAGUGACAACUUUCACUCGCGGGAGAAAAUACCAUUUAAUCGCGAACCUGGCAUAAAGAUAGAGCUGCCACUGCCAGAUGUUAUAACACCAGUACAGGUGUUCUCCCGUAUCUUCACGGAAGACAUGUGGAUGCGUCUUGUAACGCAAACAAAUUUAUAUGCUGAGCAAACACGGAGUGCAACUCCAUCAAACAGCAAGUGGGAGCCUGUGACGAUCGUCGAAAUGAAGACGUUCGUGGGACUUUGUCUUGCCAUGGGAAUCAUUGAACUGCCAUUGCGAAGAGACUUCUGGCGUCAAAAGAAGUGGCUUUUCAGAACAACCAUCCCACAAGCCAUGUCAAGGGACAGGUUUGCCAUCAUCUGGAGGUAUCUCCACUUGCAAGACAACGACGCCAUUGAUGUGGACCGCACUGAUAAGCUCUGGAAAGUCAGAUGGUACCUCGACUACCUGAAAGAUCGUUUCCAGGAACUCUAUGAAGUGAAUGGCUUCGUGAGUGUCGAUGAGAGUAUGGUGAAAUUCAAGGGUAGACUCUCUUUCCGACAGUAUCUCCCUCUCAAACCCACCAAGUGGGGCAUCAAGGUGUGGGUCAUGGCUGAGAGCUCCACUGGCUAUGUGUCAAACUUCCAGGUCUACACUGGACGUAAGGCGGGGGGGAGUGAGAAGGGCCUUGCGCACCGUGUGGUGAUGGAUCUGGCAAGACCAUACUUUGGGUCCCAUCUCUCCAUUUAUAUGGACAAUUUUUAUUCUGGGGUGCCGCUCUUCGAAGACUUGAGUGCUCAUGGCCUGGAUGCCUGUGGGACCAUUCGGUCCAACAGGAAAGGAAUCCCCACGAAGCUUGCUGCCAUGGCCAGGCAUCAAUACACGGUGCGCCAGAAGGAUGACCUGACCUUCUGUGCCUGGCAGGACACGAAGGCCGUUUUGGUCCUGUCAAACCACCAUGCACCAACGGCAACAGGGACUGUCAAAAGGAGACAGGGAGGAGAUGUCCAGACAGAGGUCACAGUGCCAGCAUGCCUCUCCGACUAUCAGAGGAAUAUGAAGGGGGUCGAUCUGUUGGACCAGAUGGUGGGCUACUACACCAUCAAGCAUCGGUCCAAGAAAUGGUGGCGGAGGCUCUUUUUUUAUUUCCUGUCGGUCAGCUGCUACAACGCCUACAUUGUUGCCAAGAGAGCAGGAGCUAACUUCAGUGGCUACAAAGACUGGCAGGAGGACCUUGCACAGGAGCUUGUCACCCCUGUGACAGCAAGGAGUGCUCCUCAGUGCGCCACAGCACCUGUCUCAGCCUCAGCCCAGCACGACUGUGAGAAGAUCUUUGAGAAGAGAAAGAUCUGCAGGGAAUGUUCUCUGGCAAAGAAUGGCACAGACGCCCGUCCUGGUGCGACAAUUUAUGGAUGCAGGCAGUGUAAUGUGCCCCUGCAUGUUGAGUGCUUCGGAAAACAUGUCCGCCGCACUUGAUGAAAUGGAACAUUUAUGUUUAUGUGCAAUGUUUUUGUUCAAACUAAACCUCUGUUUGUUAUGGGGUGUUUUACCAAUGGGUUCUGUUCUCUGUUUUGUUCAGGGUUUUAAUGUUAAUAUUUAAUAUUUAUAAAAUUGUGACAUUGAAUGAAAUAUAAUGAAAUAAAAGCAAAUCUGUUUUUUCAAAA